AUGCCCAAAAGAGGAUACGAAGACAGGGACUAUGGUCCUACCUCUCCGUCUAACACUCUUGAGGCCGACUCCAAUGAGCAGACUACUAGUGUGGACGAUACCGUUAUGCGCCCCAUCGUGCGAAUGAUAGUCACCAGAGAGUCCCGCAACCUCAAGACAAGAAAGGAACAUGUCAGCAUGGCACUUAAAGAGCAUGGGAAAGGUGCUAGUUUGCGAACGAAAGAGCCCCUCAUUGACGCUGAGCUAAGAGAUAUUUUUGGGUUGUCUGUUCUCUUCGAGAAGUCUUCUCUCGAAAUAAACUCUAAUCUAGAUCAUCGGUCGCGAUUCUUGUUACAGAAACUCCUUCAUUCAGAUUCAGAUGGAUAUCCGCCCUCAAUUGUGAGGAAUCGGUUAUCGAACUUGUAUUUUUUGCCGCAAAGUAAGAAGUCCGAGGGUACCUUAGAUUCAUUGGCUUAUGUUCAUGGCGGCUUGACUAUGAUGGUAAUUUGCACAAUUAUUGUUAGUGAAGGCAACAUCCAGGAGCUGACACUUCUCCAGACCCUUGCAGAAUUUGGAGUCCCGAGUAACUUGGGCUUGAGCGUACCUAAUUAUACCUUGGAUUUUGCUGUCAUAGCUGGUUUAGCUUUGGCUGUGGCGUUCUACUUCGGCAGAGAGUUUAUUUUCGGUGCUGAUCAAGCUACCUCCGCUGGCUUUGUCGCUGGAGGUGAUGACAACGAUCGUGACUUGAAGGCCACGUUGAAAAAGAACAACAAGAAUGCAGUGGUUUUCUUUGGCUCUCAAACGGGUACCGCUGAAGACUACGCCACUAAGUUGGCAAAAGAAUUACAUUCGAAGUUCGGAUUGUCCGUCUUAAUUGCUGAUAUGGCGGACUAUGAUUAUGAUAACUUCCAAGACAUGAACUCGGACUAUCUAUUCUUCUUUCUUGUUGCAACCUAUGGUGAGGGUGAGCCAACAGAUAAUGCUGUUGAAUUCUUCAAUUGGUUAGAAGGUGAUGCUGACCAAAUCACGAAUGUGAAGUAUACCGUUUUUGGAUUAGGUAACUCAACAUACGAGUUUUACAACGCCAUGGGGGCCAAGUUGAAUGACCGCUUCGAAGCAUUGGGUGCUGAACGUAUCGCCCCAUAUGGGCAAGGCGACGAUGGAAUUGGUACCAUGGAUGAGGAUUUCUUAUCCUGGAAAGAAGAAUGCUUCGACUCAUUGAAGAAUAAUUUGGAUUUAGAGGAACGUGAGGUCGAAUAUGAGCCCUCUUUCAAAUUAAUCGAACAGGACUCCCAGGUAGCCUCCGCCGAUGGCGUUUCUAAUGGAGAGCCUAACAAGGCCUACGUUGAUAUGUCUAAAGAUUUAAGCAAGGGUCCUUUUGACCAUACACAUCCAUACUUGGCGCCUGUCAGCACAACACGUGAGCUUUUUGUUUCCAAUGAUCGCUCUUGUGUUCAUGCUGAAUUCGACAUAUCAGAUUCUAACCUAAGAUACAGCACUGGUGAUCAUUUGGCUAUUUGGCCCUCAAAUUCUAACAACAAUGUGAGCCGGUUCCUCGAGUGCUUCGGAUAUUCCGCAAGGAAGGAUGAGGUAUUUUCACUCCAAGCGUUGGAUACAACGGUACUGAUACCAUUUCCCGUACCCAUAACCUACGAGGCUGCUGUGAGGCAUCAUAUGGAGAUUUCAGGGCCAAUCUCCAGACAAGCGUUGGCUUCUAUUGCCCCCUUCGCACCUGACGAAGAAACUAAGAAGGAGGCUUUAAGAUUGGGUGGUGAUAAGGUGUUAUUUGCAAAGGAGAUUCACGAUUGCAACUUAAACUUAUCAGAUGCCUUGUUGAAAAUUUCUAAGGGUACAAAAUGGGAUUCUGUUCCAUUUGUCUUCCUAGUAGAACUUAUGCCCAGUUUGCAGCCCCGUUAUUAUUCGAUUUCAUCAUCAUCCUUGUCUGAAAAGACUUCCAUACACGUAACCGCUGUUGUUGAGGUUGAAAAGUUCGAUGACCAUAUCGUAAGCGGUGUGGCGACGAAUUUACUCAAGGAUAUUGAGGUCCAUCAAAAUGCUACGAAGUUCGCGCACAAUAUUAACUAUGACUUAAAGGGCCCUAAAAACAAGUUUAGUGGUUUCAAGUUACCAGUUCACGUCAGAAGGUCCACAUUCAAGUUGCCAUCCAACCCUGGAACGCCUGUCAUUUUAGUUGGACCAGGAACUGGUGUCGCGCCUAUGCGUGGUUUUGUGAGAGAACGUACAAGGCUUCUUAAGCAGGAUCUGAAUGUGACUAUUGGCAAAACUCUUUUGUUUUAUGGUUGCAGGAAUCUGAAGGAGGAUUUCCUUUACAAGGAAGAAUGGCCUGAAUACGCCAAGGAAUUGGGAGAUCUGUUUGAAAUGGAUGUUGCCUUUUCAAGAGAAACAGACCAGAAAGUUUAUGUCCAGGACAAGAUUUUGGCUAGAGCUGAAACUGUCGACGAGCUUUUGAAGAAUGGAGCCUAUGUCUAUGUUUGUGGUGAUGCUUCAAAAAUGGCAAGAGACGUACAGUCAACUUUUGUCAAAAUCAUAUCGACUCAGAGGGGCCUUCCAGAGGAGAAGGCUGCAGAAUUGGUCAGAUCGUUAAAGGUUCAAAAUCGCUACCAAGAAGAUGUGUGGUGA